AUGAGGACAUCAACAAUAGCGGCCAUCUCGGCUGGCACAGUCGUUACGGGAUUGCUUGCCUAUGCAAUCUACUUCGACUACAGGAGACAGUCUGAUCCGGAAUUCCGCCGUGCACUGAAACGAGAAAACCGCCGUCUGGCAAGGACGGUGCGACAAGAAUCGGAGGCCCACGGUGCCCAGCAGAUGCAGAACAUCAGACAGGCAGUUGCCGAUGCAAAGGACGAGGGUUUCCCAGCCGACCUCGAGGAGAGAGAAGGCUUCUUCAUGAGCCAGGUCGCCAAGGGAGAAGCCCUAUGCGGAGACAGCUCUACCCAUAUCGAAGCCGCCACAGCCUUCUACAAGGCACUCAAGGUCUACCCACAGCCAAAGGACCUCAUCUCCAUCUACGACAGAACCGUGCCAAAGGACGUUCUCGAAAUAUUAGCCGAGAUGGUCGCCAUGGACCCGUCGUUGAAGCUGGGUGCGUUCACCAGCGAUAGUGGUGCCGAGAGCGCCCACAGCGUCGAGUAG